AUAUGACGACGGGUUACAAACACUAUAAACAGCACAAAACACAGUGUUAGCUAGGCUAUCAAAACACUUUUAAUGAUUUACUUGUUAGUAGGCUACGCUCAUACUUCUCUGAGAGGCAAGGACGUCUGGAUAGGCUACUUUAAUUUUGUGCUUGGUUGAUUUGCCGUUGGACCCUCCCAAUUUUCGUGCAAAUUUCGUCGAAAUGUCACAGGAUAACCCGAAGGUCUAUCAAGGUGUACGAGUGAAGAUCACUGUCAAAGAGUUGCUGGAAAGACGCAAGGCUCGUCAGGCUGGAAUAAAAAUGGCAUCGGAAUAUCCUAUACAUGCGUUUCCAGAUACUACCCAAUCUUACUACAAAUCCAACACACAACCACAUCCCUACACUGAAAACUCGACCUCGCAAGGGACUGAGUGUUCCACAUACAGCUACGAUUUCUGCAUGACACAUCAGACGGAACCUGUAGCCAAGAGCGAACCCAGUAACGUCCCUUUUCAACAUUCCUGGCCUUUCGGAAAAUUGACAAACCAGGAAUCAGACAAAGGACAAACUUGCAGUUCAUCGUUGGAAACCUGGACUUCACCAUCCACAGUAGGGGAGGACAUUCAUCCCAUAGACAAUCAACACACAUCCUCACUUUUCUCCUACACACAUUUUGGUUCUGUGCAGCUGGAUCCCACUUAUGGCUCACACUUUACAAAUGUUGCUCCAUAUGAUACACCCAUCUUUGCAAGCAAUGCUCAAUUGUCAUCCAAUGUUUUACAAGAAAUUGUAGAGUGCCCUGAACGUUUUGGUGCAUGGUAUUGGUGAACUGAAAGUCUGUUCUUAUAAUUGUAAUAUGAUGUGUCUUGUGUGUUUGUUUGUGCACGUGUUUUGUUUUUUAAUCAUUAGAAAUACUUUUUAACGUUUUUAAAUACGUAUUUCUUUUUUUUAACCAGCAUCUUUUUUUGCAUUCAUGAAGGCCUACUUUUCAGUAGCAAUCAGUCAGUCAAUAAAUAUGAUUGUG